AUGGGCUGGUGGUGGCCCUUCUCGCCCUCGUCCCGCGGCGACGCCAUCCGCUCCGGGGACGCCAUACCCAACCGCCAGGAACGAGCCGCCUGCUGGGCCGCCCGCGACGCCUACUUCGCCUGCCUCGACGCCCACGACAUCCUCGACGCGAACAAGGACGCGCCGGCCGCCGGCCGCGCGUGCCCCCUCGAGAGCCGCGCCUUUGAGCGCGACUGCGCCGCCGCCUGGGUCAAGUACUUCAAGCAGUGGCGCGUGGCCGACAUGCAGAAGAAGCAGCGCCUGGAAGAGCUGCGGAGGCAAGGCGCGCACGAGCUCGACGUUUCCACCACCUUUGCGCCCGACGGCGCGGCCGGCGCGGCGGGCCAAACGCGCAAAGCCGCGGGCAAGGACGACAUUCAGAGCAUGCUGGACAGGAAGAGGGCGUGA